CUGCUAAUUAGUUUUCUGUGUACACAACCAAUAACAGGUGAUAUAUAUGCAGGAUAAGGAUAAUGGAUAGGUAUAAGAUUAUUUAAAUUACUGAACUUUGUCUCUAGCACAAAAAUAAGUCAAUUGUACAAUACUUUGGAGGCUCAUUGAUAGAAAAAUUGGGCUGUGAAAAGGUAAAACUACCAAGUGAAGGGGUUCUGUAUUAAUAUUAUAAAUCACCAUGGUCAGGAAUGAAGUAUCGUACUUACAACUGAUAUCUGAUACCUUAAGUGUUAUAACAAUUUUAACAUGUUUUAUUCUGAAAAUUCCCCAAAUAUUACGCAUCCUAAAAAUGAAGAAUGCAAUUGGCGUAAGCCUCAUAGGUCUAUUGAUGGAACUUUCAAGCUAUACAGUUAUGAUGUCGUAUAACUUCCGAAAUGGUUAUGCCAUAUUAUCCUAUAUGGAAUAUCCAAUAAUUCUUAUACAAGAGCUGAUACUCAUUAUCUGUGUAAUGCAUUAUAAGAAAUGUUACAAUAUAUAUGGCUUAAUUGGCUCCAUGUGUUAUUUCACUUGCACUAUAGGUUUAUUAUCAAUUGUUCCUAAAGGAGUUCUCACUUACCUUGUGCCACUAUGUACACCAGUUGGAGCAUCAUCCAAAGUCAUCCAGUUAAUUGAAAUAAUCAGAACAAAAAAUUCAGAAUCAGUCAGUCUCCUCACUUGGUUUAUUUCAGCAUUCACCAACUUCACAAGGAUAUUCACAAUUUUUGUAGAUUCUGCUGAUGCAGCUCUUCUAUUAAAUUUCUCCAUCAAUGUUUUUCUCAGCACGUCAGUAUUUUUAGCAGCAUAUAUCUUCAAGCCAUCCAAGAUUAAGAAGGAAAAAUAAUUUUAAUUUUUAAAACUGCAGAAAUUAAUACCUGUUCAAAUUGUUUUUAUGAAGACAGUGUUUUCAAUUCGUCACAUAUUAAAUUUUCUAAGAUAGUAGAAUCUCUAAUAAUCACUGUCCAAACUUUGAUUCGUGAGAACUUUCUGUCCAAAUUUUUGAGCUAUGCUAUAAUUUGUGUUUUCCAAAUUAAUAAGUGAAUAUUGUAAAUAUAAUAAUCUCAGUUCAACUAGUGCAUGUAUAUGGGAAUAUUUCCCUGGAAUUUUAAGCAUAUGAACUGAAGAAUUCAGUCGAUCUCAUUGUGAAAAGAUAUAAGUUUCAAAUUCAAGAAAACAUUUUAUUUCUUGAUUUUUCUGCUUCAUGACACCGUGCUUUUUUAGACUGCUCAAUAGAGUUAUAUUUUAAUUGCCAAGGAAUGUUUUGUCGGAUUUUUUACAAAUACUUUUAUUAUAAUUGAAGAAUAAAAUAUUUUUACAAUAUUG